UUCCUCCAGACCGACGGUGGGCCGCUGGAGCAUCCUCCCUCCCACCCUCCCACUCCUCCGCCCGCUGACGCACCACUGUGUUCGCCGCUCGGCCCACCCAGCGCUGCUGCUGAAGCUGCGCCCGACUCGGUCUGCGCUCGUCCGGCGGAUGCUCCAUGUAUGGGUGCAGUGCCGAGGGCAGGGAUGCUGUAGGCUGCCCCGAGAACUGAGAGGAAGCGACGCGACGCGGGCUGCCGAGGAGAUCGGAGACGGAGGCGCCCGGAGGACCGUGCUGCUGUUUUGAAUGGGCUUCACCCUCUGCGCUCGCCGAGUCUGAGGUGCCAGGUGUGUGUCUGUGUAUCGGCACGGCUCUCCAGCUCUCCCACUCGCUAGCACACCCUCCUGCAUCAUGGCGGGGGCUUCGGUGAAGGUGGCAGUGAGGGUCCGGCCCUUCAACUCCAGAGAGAUCGGAAAGGAGAGCAAAUGCAUCAUUCAGAUGUCGGGAAACACGACGACCAUCCUGAACCCGAAACAGCCCAAAGAAAACAAAAGCUUCAACUUCGACUUCUCCUACUGGUCACACACCACGCCCGAGGACAUCAACUAUGCGUCCCAGAUGCAGGUGUACAAGGACAUCGGGGAGGAGAUGCUGCUGCACGCGUUCGAAGGAUACAACGUGUGCAUAUUCGCCUACGGGCAAACAGGAGCAGGCAAAAGCUACACCAUGAUGGGACGCCAGGAGCAGGACCAGCAGGGAAUCAUCCCUCUGCUGUGUGAGGAUCUUUUCACCAAGAUCAACGACAACAAUAAUGACAACAGCAUGUCUUACUCCGUGGAGGUGAGUUACAUGGAGAUUUACUGUGAGCGUGUGCGCGACCUCCUCAACCCUAAAAACAAAGGGAACCUGCGCGUCAGGGAGCAUCCUCUGAUGGGACCGUACGUGGAGGAUCUGUCCAAGCUCGCCGUCACCUCCUACAACGACAUCCAGGACCUGAUGGACUCUGGGAACAAGGCCAGGACUGUGGCGGCCACCAACAUGAACGAGACCAGCAGCCGCUCCCACGCCGUCUUCAACAUCAUCUUCACGCAGAAGAAGCACGACAUGGAGACGGACAACACGUCAGAGAAGGUCAGCAAGAUCAGUCUGGUGGACUUGGCUGGAAGCGAGAGAGCGGACUCGACCGGAGCCAAAGGAACCAGACUCAAGGAAGGUGCAAACAUCAACAAGUCUUUGACCACUUUGGGGAAGGUGAUUUCUGCGCUGGCUGAACUGGAUUCUGCACCGAACAAGAACAAGAAAAAGAAGAAGGUGGAGAGUUUCAUUCCCUACAGGGACUCAGUUCUGACCUGGCUGCUGAGGGAGAACCUGGGAGGAAACUCUCGAACGGCCAUGGUGGCUGCCCUCAGCCCCGCCGACAUCAACUACGACGAAACUCUCAGCACCCUGCGCUACGCCGAUCGCGCCAAGCAGAUCCGCUGCAACGCCGUCAUCAACGAGGACCCCAACAACCGGCUGGUGCGUGAGCUGAAGGAGGAGGUGGCGCGGCUCAAGGACCUGCUGUACGCGCAGGGCCUGGGAGACAUCAUCGAGACGUAUCGCUGCACCGACCCCACCAUCGCCGGUUUGAAAUACCUGUGCGAUUACAAGAACUUCGUGAAUAAUCGCCAGGCUGUCAAUCAAAGGGGUGAUCUCUCCACAGUGACCCACGCCAUGACGGGAAUGAGCCCCUCGCCCUCGCUCUCGGCCCUGUCCAGCCGGGCCGGGUCCAUCAGCAACCUCCACGAUCGCAUCUUCAGCCCGGCCAGUGAGGAGGCCAUUGAGAGGCUCAAGGAAACAGAGAAGAUCAUUGCUGAGCUGAAUGAGACGUGGGAGGAGAAGCUGCGUCGCACCGAGGCCAUCCGCAUGGAGAGGGAGGCUCUGCUGGCUGAGAUGGGCGUUGCCAUGAGGGAAGAUGGAGGCACUGUGGGCGUCUUCUCCCCGAAAAAGACCCCUCAUCUGGUGAACCUGAACGAGGACCCGCUCAUGUCUGAGUGUCUGCUCUAUUACAUCAAAGAUGGCAUCACCAAAGUUGGCCGUGAAAAUGCCAAGACGCGACAAGACAUCGUUCUCAGCGGCCACUUCAUCAGAGACGAGCACUGCACCUUCAGCAGCACCACCGGCCCUCAGGGAGAAGGAUGUGUGGUUCUGGAGCCUUGUGAGGGAUCAGAGACGUACGUCAAUGGAAAGAGGGUGACGUCACCCAUUGUCCUGCGCUCUGGGAACCGCAUCAUCAUGGGCAAGAGCCACGUGUUCCGCUUCAACGACCCGGAGCAGGCCCGUCUGGAGCGCGAGAGGACGCCGUGCACCGAGACGCCGGUGGAGCCCGUGGACUGGGCCUUCGCUCAGAGGGAGCUGCUGGAGAAGCAGGGCAUCGACAUGAAGCAGGAGAUGGAGCAGAGGCUGCAGGAGCUGGAGGACCAGUACCGCAAAGAGAGAGAAGAGGCCAGUAACUUGUUAGAACAGCAGAGACUGGACUAUGAGAGUAAACUGGAGGCUCUCCAGAAGCAAGUGGACUCUCGGUACCUGGAGUCGCCCGAGGAAGAGGAGGAGCCCGAAGAAGAAGUGCCGUGGACGAAGCGCGAGACCGAGCUGGCUCUGUGGGCCUUCAGGAAGUGGCGCUUCUACCAGUUCACGUCUCUCAGGGACUUACUUUGGGGCAACGCCAUCUUCCUCAAGGAGGCCAACGCCAUCAGCGUAGAGCUGAAGAAAAAGGUGCAGUUCCAGUUCGUCCUGCUGACCGACACUCUCUACUCACCACUGCCCCCCGACCUGCUGCCGGCCAGCGAGGCUAAGGACCGGGAGCGCCGACCGUUCCCCCGGACCAUCGUAGCCGUGGAAGUACAGGAUCAGAAGAACGGGGCCACACAUUACUGGACUCUGGAAAAACUCAGACAGAGGCUGGACCUGAUGAGGGAAAUGUACGACCGCGCUGCGGAGCUCCCCAGCAGCGCGGUGGAGGACUGCGACCACGCCCUGACCGGAGGCGACCCCUUCUACGACCGCUUCCCGUGGUUCCGUCUGGUCGGCAGGGCGUUCGUGUACCUGAGCAACCUGCUGUACCCCGUUCCCCUGGUGCACCGCGUCGCCAUCGUCAGCGAGAAAGGGGAGGUGAAGGGCUUCCUCAGGGUGGCUGUGCAGGCCAUCUCAGCCGACGAGGAGGCGCCUGAUUACGGCUCCGGCGUGAGGCAGUCAGGCACUGCCAAGAUUUCCUUCGAGGACAAACAGUUUGAGAAGUUCCAGACGGAGUCGUGUCCUGGCAGCCUGUCUCACUCCAACACCUCCCAGGAGGAGCUUCGGAUUGUGGAGGGGGAGGGGCAGAAUGCCGACGUGGGGAUCACCGCAGACGAAGUCAACAACAACACCUGCGCAGCCUCGCUGGAGCCUCCCCACAGCCCCACCAAGAGCUUAGGCCCGGGUCUGGACCUCCCUCUGGACCUGUCUCCAGAGAAAGCUCUGUCCCACCUGAAGGUCGGCAGCACCUUCACCUUCAGGGUCACCGUCCUGCAGGCCUCCAGCAUCUCCGCCGAGUACGCCGACAUCUUCUGCCAGUUCAACUUCAUUCACCGCCACGACGAAGCUUUUUCCACCGAGCCGCUGAAGAACACGGGCAGAGGACCUCCGCUGGGCUUCUACCAUGUCCAGAAUAUCACCGUGGAGGUGACCAAAUCCUUCGUGGAGUACAUUAAGACCCAGCCCAUCGUCUUCGAGGUGUUCGGCCACUACCAGAAACAGGCUUUCCCUCCGCUGUGCAAAGAUCUGAUCAGUCCACUGAGACCUUCCAGGAGGCAGUUUCCAAGGGUGAUGCCCUUGUCCAAACCAGUGCCGGCCACAAAGCUCAGCACUCUGACCCGCUCCACUGCGGGACCUUGUCACGCCAAGUACGACCUCAUGGUCUUCUUUGAGAUCUGUGAGCUGGAGGCCAACGGAGAUUACAUCCCCGCUGUUGUCGACCACAGAGGCGGGAUGCCCUGCCACGGCACCUUCCUCUUACAUCAGGGCAUUCAGAGGAGGAUCACGGUCACUAUCGCUCACGAAACAGGCAAUGAUAUUGAGUGGAAGGAGGUGAAGGAGCUGGUUAUCGGACGUAUCCGAAACACACCAGAGGCUGAUGAGACGAUCAUCGACCCCAACAUCCUUUCACUGAACAUCCUGUCGUCUGGAUAUUUCUGGCCAAAGCACGACGACAACGUCUCCUUGGGAGUUGAUCAUAGAACCUUCUACCGCUUUGAGGCGGCGUGGGACAGCUCCAUGCACAACUCUCUGCUCCUGAACAGAGUCACUCCGUACGGGGAGAAGAUCUACAUCACCCUCUCUGCUUAUCUAGAGAUGGAGAAUUGCACCCAGCCCACAGUCAUCACCAAAGACUUCUGCAUGGUGUUUUAUUCCCGGGACACCAAGCUGCCAGCCUCGCGCUCCAUCAGAAACCUGUUCAGCACCGGCUGCCUCCGGCCCUCGGAGAGCAACCGCGUAACAGGCGUCUAUGAAAUAACCCUGUGCUACGUGGCAGACAAUGGGAGUCCAGGCAUGCAGCGCCGCCGCCGCCGCGUGCUGGACACCUCGGUGGCGUACGUCAGAGGGGAGGAGAACCUGGCCGGGUGGAGGCCCCGCAGCGACAGCCUAAUCCUGGACCACCAGUGGGAGCUGGAGAAACUCAGCCUCCUGCAGGAGGUGGAGAAGACCAGGCACUACCUGCUGCUGAGGGAGAAGCUGGAGGCGACUCUGCAGGCGGGACAGGACGCGCUCUGCAAGAGCGGCGACAUCGGCGACUUCGCAAAGAGUCCCGUCCUCGGUCACAGCCCCGGCAGCAGCAGCGGCGGCGGCAGCUGCGGCACUGCGCUCGACAGCCCCAACCAGAGGCAGAGGGAGCUGGCUGCCAAGUGUCUGCGUCUGCUGAUGCACACCUUCAACAGGGAGUACAGCCAGGUGAGCAGCAGUGCCAGUGAGAGCAAGCUCUCGGAGAUGUCGGCGUCGCUCAUGAGAGACUCGUCGUCCUCUGGGCUGAGCACCAUCACCCCGUCCUCCACCUGCCCCUCUCUGGUGGAGGGACACUAUGACAUCAGACACGCUGAGCCCAGUUCUGGAGCCUCUACCCCAGACCUGGACCCGUACAGCCCAGUGGACAGGAAGAAAGUCCUCAGAGGGUGCACCUUUGUUCCAGACAUACAGGAGAUUCGCGUCAGCCCCAUCGUGUCCAAGAAGGGCUACCUGCACUUCCUGGAGCCCCACACCAGCGGCUGGGUGCGGCGCUACGUGGUGGUGCGCCGGCCCUACGUCUACCUGUACCGCAGCGAGCGGGACAGCGUGGAGAGGGCCGUGAUCAACCUGUCGUCCGCCAAGGUGGAGUACAGCGAGGACAAGCAGACCCUGCUGCGGACCCCCAACACGUUCGCCGUGUGCACCGAGCAUCGCGGGAUACUGCUGCAGGCCACCAACGACAAGGAGAUGCACGACUGGCUGUACGCGUUCAACCCUCUGCUAGCCGGCUCCAUCAGGUCAAAGCUCUCCCGCAGGAAGUCGGCCCAGUCCGUGCCGGUGGCGACGGCGCAGAGGAUCUGAGAGACGAAUGACCCCGGAGGAGGACGGCGACCAAACCGGACAAUACAAUCGAAACUCUCAGAUCUCCAUCCUGCUCUGCGGAACAGCGACCGUAUAAGCCGACCUAUACAUAGGAGCAUUUAGUUCCCCUUCUGUAUGACAUCACUCAGUUGCUCAUCCUGAACCCCUUUUUUCGCAGUUGACACCUCAGACCCUGCAUGGUGUGCUCCCUCCUGACCUUUAGAAGAACACAUAGGAAAGCCUAACGAGCUAAAUGCUAUAAUUAGAUCUGUCCUCCCUCUCUCUCUCUCUCUCUCUCUCUCUCUCGCUCGCUCGCUCGCUCUCUUUCCGCUGCUGGGCCUUGGGACUAGUUUGGAUUUCUACAUGUAGAAAAGCACGGUCCACGAGCAGACGACCUCCCUGUAGGAAGCAGAAAGAGGCCCCCGCUCAUUUCUACUGAAUACCAGCGAGCGAGCGGGGGAAGCUCAGCGUUUUUUCUCUGCGUAGACGUGUGUAAAGUGCAGGGACGCUGGCUCCACGUGCGUCCGUCAUACACCAACUGUACAUUUACCUCAGCGUGAAACGGCUUGGUGCUCGACGGCAUCGAGUAUUGGCUCGGCUGCAGAUACCUGGCACGCGAUGGGUCAUUUUACCUGUAAAGUAGCAAAUGAGGGACGAGUGGGUGAAGCUGCGUCUGUGUUUCAACUCCUUCUGAUGAAAACUGGGCUCGUUGGCUAGACUAAGGCAAAAUAACCACCACCAGGAGAGAUGCUCACGCCCUUGCCUUGUUCUUGGUAUGUGCUUUUUUUUUACAGUAUGCCUCGUGCAUAUGCCCGUGAAUAAAAACCUGAUUUACUGUCGCUGUUGUAGGUUUGCAGCGCUGUUACGUACGUGUGAAAAGAAACACAGAGCACUCUUGAUGCAUGGCACUUUAUUGUCUUUAUUGAGUUAAUGUCUCGAAUCACUCACACAGUUGUUUUAACCAAAGCGUCAUUUUUGUCAUAUGAGUUUGUCCACUGUGUCGUUCACGCACAGCUUUUUAAAGCGAAUAGUUCAACAUCUACGAUCGGGCACAUGUCCCUAAGAAGGUUGAAUGGUCCAACUUUAAUUGAAUGAGUCACCGAAUCCACCUGAGAUGUUUUAUAUGGUGCCGUAAAUACGCAGAGAAACAGAUGUGACAGAUGUGUUUGAUGUUUACUGAGGAAGCGCUUGCUCUGUCUGCAGCAGAGACGCUACGUGUAGUAAGUCAGCGUCUCCUCCCGUAGCCAAGCUCCACGCUCCGACCAUCCUGGACCCAACCGUUGGAAGAGUUGCUUUGUCCGUGCACCAGAUAGUGCCUCCCCUUCUUCUCCUCCUUGUCGCUCCUUCAUCGUCUGUGACGUCAAGACUUUUAGCAUCUUAUAUAGAGUGAUAGUGGACGCAACAAAUAGCUUAGGCUUUUUUAACUGACGCUAAGUGAAUUUUAUCAGCGAUGCUCUAAUACAUGGGUAUAGCCUGUAAUGGUGGUAGUCGAGUGUGUGUAUCUCAUUAUCAUUGAGAAGGCUUUUGUACUGUAGCUGCUACUGUAGAUCUGACAUCCUGUGCAGAGACAUGUUGAAUAGCUGUGCCGUUGUUACGACUUUGUGUUCAGGGAAGCUUUUACCUGUCUGUUAUUUUGAAGCUUACAAAGAUGACCCCAAGCAUGAAGGUUUUAAUUGUAAUAAUUGAAAAAUGACCCGCAUCUCUUUGCUAGAGAGAUAAGUGUGACUUCCUCCAAAGACAUGGCCGUCCAGCCGUGCGGUCGUUCACACACAGCGUUGAGGUCUCUCUGCCACAGGCCGAACAACCUGCUGAGCAGAGCAGCCCAAUGCGUUCAAACCUCUAGAAGCUCUGAAAGGCUUUUACUUUGGUUUUUACAUCUUGUGGCUUUAUUGUGGUUCCCGUGUGUUCAUUGGGAUUACACCUUGUGUUUCUCACUGUUUUGGGUCAUCUUUGUCAUCCAAUCAGCUUUGUUUCGUGAACUGCUUAUAGAUAUAUGUAAAAGACAUGUUGUCUGCUGGAACAGAAGACAGUUUAAUGUUUUAAAGGGGGCGUUAUGUUCCUCAGUGUGUUCUCACCUCAUGCACAAAGCAUCUUUAUUUAUUAUAUAUAUAAUAUUUAGAAUAAGAAUGUAUGGUUUUGGGUUGAAACCAUUAGGGCCCUCUUUUGACAUUGUGCCAUUUUUGCUUUUGCAAUCACACCACUAGCACUGCACCAAAUCACAUAGUGUUUAAGUUGCAGCUGGCGGAUGGCCAGCAAUGCUUCCAGCCCUAGUAGUUUCAGGGUCUCACCUUAAAAACACAUGGCUUUAGUGCACUGGCCAAUGAAUAGUUGAAGCGUUGAUUCAUUCAUAUUUGGCUGCUUUUAUGUGUCAUAGCUCUGGAUCGACGCAUGCGGGUCCGCUUACCUUCCGCUGUCCCUCUCUCCUGCCUUACCGCUUGCUAAUGACAACAGCUUUCCCCGAAGUGCUGCUUGUAAAGUAUUGUCAUUCAUGAUCCCUGUAAUGACUAACUGGAAACCUUCCUCUUGGCUCUGUCUUGUAUAUAAAUGGAGAUUUUCUGUGUUGGGUCCCAUCACACAGAUGAUAUUAACUCUCUCUUCCUUGUAUACCAUGAUGAAUAAGAAUAACAGGCCUGCUGCUUGGUCACGCGUCGCCCCAGAGGUCGAGGUGCCGACGGGGGAUCAGUUUUGCACGUUUCAGCUCAGUGUGAGUGAGAUGGUUGUCAUGGACCACGUUAAUGAUCCCCAGUUUGGCACUUUUGCUCUGAGCGGCUCGACAGAAGCAGAUACAGGGCCCAGUCUGUGAUGAAGUCUAAAUCUCAGUGCUCACGUUUAUCUCUUGAGUGUUCUGGAGUUCCUACUCAUGUCUGUGGACACGUAACUAAAGUUGUGAAGAUAAAAAAGGCGAAUAAAUAAAUUAGUGUUGAAACUUC